AUGAAAUUUAAUCGUGCAUCCCUAAUGCAAACUUCCGAACAAGGUGCAGUUGUCAAGUAUAUGCACAUAUAUCAAGAAACUGACACAAGGUUUUGAACAGGAAAUGGACACUCGAUUCACCCGUGGAAAAUCUACCAUCUUGGAGCGGCCGCUGACCCGACCCAAGACGGAAGUCAGCGUGAGUGCCUUCGCCUUGCUCUUUUCCGAGAUGGUUCAGUACUGCCAGAGCCGUGUGUACUCUGUGACCGAGCUGCAGACACGCCUGUCUGACAUGGGUCAGAGUGUGGGAGCCAGUCUGGUGGAUGCACUGGUCUUGAGAGAAAAGAAUGGCAAGAGGGAGACCAAAGUGCUUAACAUACUGCUCUUCAUCAAGGUUAAUGUGUGGAAAUCUUUGUUCGGAAAGGAAGCGGACAAGCUUGAGCAGGCCAACGAUGAUGACAAGACCUACUACAUAAUAGAGAAGGAACCCCUCAUCAAUGCCUAUAUCUCAGUCCCUAAGGAGAACAGCACCUUGAACUGUGCAGCCUUUACUGCAGGAAUUGUGGAGGCCAUUCUUACUCACAGUGGCUUCUCUGCCAAGGUCACUGCCCACUGGCACAAAGGCACUACACUGAUGAUCAAGUUUGAUGAGUCAGUGAUAGCCAGGGACAAGACACUGGACGGCAGAUAAAGAAUGGAAGGUUACUUUGUAGGGGAUAUGUCGUUUAGAUAAAAUGCUACAGAAUAGGUUUGUGUUGUCCACGCCCAGGUUUUAAGUGUGGUUAUUGUGUGAUCCCCGUGGUGCAACAAAUCAACUGUGAGUAUGAGACAAUGAUUUAUAAAUUAGUGACGGCGUUUCCUCAUGGUGACUGAUGCAAGAGAGCGCGCUGACACAUUGACAGCUUGUGAAUCGGCCUGUAUUGUGAGAGUGCAGUUGCGAGUACAGCAUUUGCGAGUUUCAGUUCAGCUCCAGUUUCAGUUAUUGUCCCACAAGGCAAAUUUAGCUCGGGAGACAAAACCCUGAACAUAAAUUUUGGAGAUGACCGCCUAAUACUGAGCCACGUUUCAGUUAGAAAUGAUGCCACCAAGCAAAAAAAUUGUUUUUUUUUUUUGUUUUUUUUUGUGGGCCAUCUCAUUCUUGUCCAAUGAAACAAAAAUUGAGAUGGGAUUAAGGGAUUCGACACUUAGUUUGUCAAUCUGUGUUGUCCAAUCUCUGCAUGAAAAUUGGACUUCAGUGUGUCAUACCUUAUGAAAACGUAAUCUUAUGAGAUAUGUCGGUAUCACAGAUCAGUCAUGAGAACAAAAUCACUGAAAAUUCACACAGCAUCUUGUUCGGCAGUUUGCAUCAGGGAUGCACAGAUUGCUUUUUUGAGCUUAUACAUCACACGGCUCAAUAUUUUUUCUCAAUUUCUUUCCCAGAAGAAACCAUCUUACAGUAAUGAUUGGCAAGAGGUGAAUUUGGAGAAAGACAAGACACUGGUUUAUCUGGAUUCUUGACUACGUGGCACCCAUCUGGAUUUCCAGAGGGUUUCAUGUGAGCGUCAGAUUACUGUAAAUCUCUGCCGAGACAGACUUAUCAUUAGGUAAGAGUAAAUCGCCGCCUAAAAGCUGACUGUUGGGAUCAGGGGUCAUAGUUUGCAAAAUGGUGCAAAAGCAUUACCAAGAUAUCUUGUUUAGCAUCCAUGUAACACUUCACAUUCCAAUUCAGUCCUUCCCUACAAUGUCUUGCAUCACUCCUGUAAAACUGUGUACUUUGAAUCUAUUUCUACUGAUAUUACUACGUUUGUGUGUUUUCAUUUAAGUAAA